AUGGUCAAAAACAGGCUCCAAGAACUGAUCAACCAAAGUAAUUACAAAUCGUACCUAAGAAUCGAUCUUUCCAAGUUCAAAGACAAAAUCGCGAAAGGGACGACCUUGUAUUUGCGCGAAAUCCGAAAGUUUUUAAUUGAAGGGGAGAUGCGGAAGUACGACACAGAAAUAGCGAGAAACAGCCGGCUGAUCGCCGAGAAACUGAGACCCGCAAGGCCUGGCGGAAUGCAUCCGCUUGUCGAUCUGUCCAAAAGAAACUCGCAAUCCAACUGGCGUGACCUGCAGGCUUCUCGGAAAGCCAUCCGCUCCUGCAAGGAGCCGUUUAUGGCAGCUUUAGCCAAUUUACAUGGAUUAUUUGGACCCCAGAAUAUCUUCAAAACCUCAUUCACCACGAUGCUUUGCCACAUAAGCUUCAAGUAUAAGGAAAAAUUGCUUGAACCUUUUUCCCCAGGUCAAUUGGUUGAGGAACUUGAAAAAUUGCAGCCUCACCUCGAAGAGCUGGCCAAAUACCUACGCAAGGCCAACAACGCGUGGGCAGAUCCGUCACUCCCCUACAACUUGGUUUAUGAGCUCAAUCAGUUUCGAUUAAGACAAGCCGAGAUGUUUGGGGAUUUCCAAGCCUUUAAAACAUACAUGUCAAAAGUUAUCCAAUCAGAGCAUUACAAAUCUUUUCAAACCGAACUCAAGUCCCCCAAGGAGAUAGCCGGUUACGAACUUCAGCUCAUACAGCUACCAGGUGACGCGCAGACAUUCAAAAGUAUUGUCCAACUACCUGGGGAUGACAUCUUUGAUUUCACUGAGAAUCUCCAAGUUAGAGAAUGGGCCCUAAGUAACACUGAAAAGCGUUUGGCGACUGCGACCAAAGCCUGGGAACUCAGAGAAAACCUUUUACUGCUUUAUACCCCUCAAGGUCUUGACUUCAUUUCCCAGAAUGUGAUUACCAUUAAAAAAUAUUGUAAACAAUAUCGGAAAUUGAUAAAGUGA